AUGACAACAUACCAACCUUACAAUGAAUAUUCCAAUGUGAACGCUGGAGGUUUCGACACCUCUGAGAGUCAAUCAUCAAGACCAAAUACUGCCGGUGGACAAAAUGUAAACACUUUGACCCCUGUUACAAUAAAGCAAAUGCAAUCUGCAAAACAGCAUGUUCAAGAUGGGCCAUACGUGUUUAUGAACCAAGAACUUCAUCAUGUAUCAUUUGUUGGUGUGAUUAGAAAUGUAGCAGACAACACGUCAAAUGUAACUCUAACAGUGGAGGAUGGUACUGGUCAAAUCGAAUUCAGAAAAUGGACUAACGAUAGCAAUGACAUGUCUCAUGCUUCGCAAGGGGAACCGAACGAUGAGUACAAUUCCCAAGUGGCACAAGAUUAUUCUGUAGGAAAAUAUAUCAAGGUUUAUGCGUCUCUAAGGGAAUUUAGUGGGAAAAUGAAUGUGCAAUAUGCGGUUGUAAAGAAAAUCGAAACCUUCAAUGAGGUCUUGGCACACCAUCUUGAAGUCAUGAAAGCAUUUGCGACAGUGAAUGGGACAUUAAGCACAGGAGGUGCUGAAUCUUCAAAUACCAUAAAUGCAGACGGAAACGGCUUGUUUGUACAGGAUAAUGAGCCACCGAAGUCAGCUACAGAAAAGGUAUUAGAUUUCAUCAGAGCACAAUGCGCGGGUAAAGAUUCAAAUUCAUUCUCCGUUCAAACUAAGCUAAUUGCUCAAUCUUUGAAUAUGCUUGAAGACGAUGUUAGAAUGUACUGUCAGACUUUAACCGAACAAGGUUAUAUAUAUCCCACCUUUGAUGAAUUUACUUUCUUUAUUCUUUAA